AUGGAAGAUGUUAUUCACUCGAACGCUUCUAACUCAGCUGUUUUUGAGACAGAUUCAGUAACAGAGAUUGACAGUGGUGAGGAAUAUUUAUGUAGUGAAAUAUUUACUAAACAAAGAACAUUACACGGAAACAUUUCUGAUUAUCCCUGUGAGAUUUGUAGGAAAACGUUCUCUUCAGAACGUGAAGUCUUUGCACACAAACAAAUACACAGCGAAACGGAAAAACCCUUUCACUGUGAAAUAUGUGGGAAAUCUUUUUCUAAUAAUUCGAAAUUUGUUAUUCACAGUCGUAGUCACAGAGGAGAUAAACUUUAUAGUUGUGAAAUUUGUGGUAAAUCAUUUAUGAAAAAUAGUAAUCUAACAACACACAAAAGGAUACACACCAGAGAAAAACCAUUUCACUGUGAAAUAUGUGGCAAAACUUUCAUUAAUAAUUCAAAACUUGUUGUCCACAAUCGUAUUCAUACUGGAGAAAAGCCCUUUCAUUGUGAUGUUUGUGGCAAGUCUUUCGUCUCUAACAGUAUUUUAAAAAGACAUCAAAUGAUACAUUCUGGAGAAAAACUAUUUCACUGUGAGGUAUGUGGAAAAUCUUUUAUUGAUAAUUCAAAACUCAUUAUACAUAACCGAAGUCACAGUGGAGAGAAACCUUAUCAUUGUGAUAUCUGUGGAAAAUCUUUUGUUUCCAAUAGUAUUUUAACUCGACACAAAAUUAUACACAGUGGAGAAAAAGCAUUUCAUUGUGAGAUAUGUGGAAAAUCGUUUAGGAAAAACAUUCACAUUAGAAUACAUACUGGAGAGAAGCCUUACAGUUGUGAAGUGUGUGAGAAGUCAUUUAUCACAAAUAGUGAUUUGACAAAACAUAGAAGAAUACAUACUGGAGAGCUGCUACACUGUGAAACCUGUGGGAAAGCUUUCACCACUAACAGUCACCUGAAAACACACAAACAAGUACACACGGGAGAAAAAUUGUUCCACUGUGAAAUUUGUGGGAAAUCGUUCUCUGUGAAUUCAAGUCUUGUUAUUCACGUACGUAGUCACACUGGAGAAAAGCCAUAUCAUUGUGACGUGUGCGGGAAGUCGUUUAUGGUCAACAGUGACUUGACAAAGCACAAAAGGAUACAUACUGGAGAAAAUUUGUUUCACUGUGAAAUCUGUGGUAAAUCUGUCACUGAAAGAUCCAAGCUCGUUAUCCACAAACGUACUCACACCGGAGAAAAGCCUUAUGACUGUGAAAUCUGUGUUAUGAUUAAUGAGAUUGUGUUUCUGUAA